GGCGAGAGGUUCUUUUCCAUUCCCACUUCGAAUGUGGAAGCUGCAAGCUCCUCCAUAGUUUGGGGAGGUGGUGGCGUGAACCGAGCGUUGUGUUGAGCGACUGGGUCGUUCGCCUGGAAAACAACCUAUAUAAACCCGGCUCCCCACGAUCACCACAACGAACUGAUUCAAUACCGCUCAGACUCAACCAAAUCGUUCCUCUUUCGCCGACAUGGCUCAAACUCACUUCAAAAGGACGCAUGACGUGCGGUCCUAUGCCAAGUUCUAUCAAGAAAAUGAGCGUAGACAGACGGAGCGCGAAGAAAAGAAACGUCAACGCAAGCGCGAGGAGCAGCGAAAGCAACAGCAAACAUCUACACUCGAAUCAUCGGCGCUGGCAACGUCACUCGAGCGAGAUAUCAGGGGCUCAAUUGUGGCAGAGAAUCAGACCUCUAGCUAUACGUCGGAUGGUCCUCCGGACUUCCCUCUUCGUAUCGACGAACCAGAUCCCAAUCUCAUUGGGGCUCUCGCGACAGCCGAGUUUUACGAUGGUCAUGCUCUGGGCGAUCUCGCAGAUACAACGCGACCUUUUGCCUCGAUCUCCGAGAUCGAUGGUUCUGCAGCGAAAACCGACAAAUACACCACACAUGAUGGCAUCAAGUUUUCGGAACACUGGUCGCCUUGUGCCUCUGUACUUCCUCAGCCUCCUACAGGAUUGACCGAACAGCAAGUCGCAAUUACCUUUUCACAGAACAAGCAGCCGCUGGCUCUCGAUUCAGUUAGAUCUUCAACCGGGCAACUCCGCCUAGCAGGUUGUGUUCCAAAUGGCGUGAACGAAUGCAUUGCUCAAGACAAGCAGAUGAGCAAAAACGGCGACACCUGCGAAAGCAGUGAUGAUGACGGCUCAGCCAACGACGACAACGGGAGCUCUGAUGAUGACGACACCGAUCGCGAGAGCUUUCUUCCGGACGGAGCGGUUCGGGGACCUCAAUUUACAGAUCGACACCAGCCGAGGACCUUCUCAACAAGCAAGUCGGCAGCGCCCGACCCCGCGAAGAGCCCACUAUACGCACCAAGUUCUGUUUCCAAUUUCUCCGUCGAUGAUGUCGCCGCUUCACUGGACACAGCGGAAGAAUGUCAACCAGACAUUUUUGCGCUUCCUACCCCAUCCUCAGAUAAUCCCUCUGUCUCACAGCAAGAUGGUGACGUCAUCACCAGUCGGGGGAAACGAGGUCACGAGGCAAGCGAAGAUGGACAUGAGAGCGUUGACCUUUGCCUUCCUAAGCGAAAGAGAUUACGAAGUUCCAAUAAGACGACUGCAACAAAUGCUCUUCCAGUGAGGACUUUGCGCGCACUACCUUCUCGAGUCUUGGCAGAGAAGCCAGGCAGAAGAGGCGUUCCAGUCCAGUGCGAAAGACAUAUCCGGCGCUCCUCAAGAUCAAAGCCACGGUCUCACGCCUCUGGCGCCGUGAGUUGUCAAGAUGCCCAACCUCACCUUGACGGGCUUCCCUCACUGGACGUGGAUAAUGCGUCAAAUAGAGGGAAGCGGACGAGAACACGACGGGGGCGAUCGCAAACUAUACCCCAGGUGACUUCGCCGCGUUCGUCUCAUUCCAACCAUUCUUCAGGAAAGCCUAAUCCUCAAAAGAGUGGACGAGAUUGUCUCCCUCCUGCCGCCACCACAGUGAAUUCGUCCUCAGCCACAUGUCACACCUGUGGCUUUUCUGCAGAGCAUUUGCUGCAGAUAAGCGACACCGUCGAGGCUCUCACUCGAAGUGGUGCUGAGCUGUCUGGCAACGCAAGGGAAUCAGACAUUCUUCGGCUGUUUCUCGGGUUCGUCAGAGAUCAUGCUACGCAGAGGCUUCCACGUAAGGCAACAAUCACUGGAAACUGCGAUGCCUACAAUGGGAACAAUCAAGAACAGAUACGGGAAGCAACUACAGCGACGGCGAAAACGAAAGUGUGAGUUUCGGAAGCCGUGACAGCGACGAUAUUCCUAAGCAACAGAACAAGAGACCUAAGCGUCUUCGUUGGACACCCUUGGACGAAUUACGUCUACGCGCAUGGGUUCAAGAGGAGAAGGAGUGGUCGUG